UUAUAUAUUAUAUUUUGAGUAGUGUGGAGCCUGACCGUCUUUUCUUCUACUAAAAUUACAUUGUUACUAAAAUACUAACUUCGUACUUCAACUUGUUCAGCCUUCAGGUAUAUGUUUUGUUUGGAGGACGCAUAUAUCUUGGUGUGACCAUAGAGCAAGGACGCAGUGCGUUUUCUUUACUGGCAUCAUUGUCAUUGAUUGGUUCAAAUAAAGAUCAAAAAGUAUUUUACGAUGAAAAUGCCGGUGGAGCAAGUGCAGACAGAAGAUUUGAAGGCAUUUGAGCGCAGGUUGACUGAGUACAUUGCCAACCAGCGACCACAGUCAUGGUGUUGGAGAGUUGUUCUUGUUAUCAUAUCAACAAUCACAGCUCUAGGUGCGUGGUGUUGGCUUCUGGAUAAGGAAACAUCACAAGUGUCAUUUAUACAGUCUCUCUACAACCACCCAUAUUUUGCCCUGAGUGGUCUCUGCCUUAUAUUGCUGUUCUUGUGCGGGAUUCACAAACGGGUCGUUGCGCCAGCCAUAAUAACAGCACGAUGUCGCUCUGUUCUUGCAGACUUCAACAUGUCCUGUGAUGACACAGGAAAGCUUAUUCUCAAGCCGCGUUCAAUGUGACAAGAUCUAUAACAUCCAUCUCAUUGGAAAAGUGACUCCAUUACUUUCAGAAUACCAAGUCAUCUGUAUUCCCUUGUUGAGCUAUCUGAUAUGCAACUUUCCAUUGGAUCUACAAUUUUCGUUUUUACUUCACCACUAUGCCAUGGCAAACUGAAAAACAUUGUGCAUCUUUUGUAGUGUGGAAUUUCCUAUUUGCUUUUCUGACUUCUAGUUACACGUCUGUUCUCUGUACAUUCUUCACCCCUUGGGUCUGACAGAUCUUAACUGACACUCUGGUGUGAGAUGAUAGUACAGGUCACAAAAUCUUGAUAAAGAAUUGUUGAACUUUCUUUUAAAAAGUGCUCUGAACAUCUUAUGCCCCAGUAGGGGUUCUUCCCAAGGAGGAUCCAUCUCUUUUUGAAAUGUGCCUGGUUUUAAGAGUCCUUUGAAAGUUGCAAUGGCAUGGGAAAGAUGGCUUAACCAGUUCAAAAAGGGUAUGACGGAAACACUCAGGGAUGUCCUGUGUUGUAACACAGGGGACAUUUAAACAAAAUGUGGCGAAUUCUGCGUGCAGUGCUGCUUGACGUCCCACUCUUGAAUGAUCCCCAUUGAACGCAGACUCAAAUUAGUCUCUUGAAUGUGCAGAGCCCUCAAGAGGCCGUGGGCCACAGCUGUGCAUUGUAGCAAACUCCGCUCCAAAACAUUAUUGUAGAGUUCCAAAAAAGCAAUGAUGCAGCAUAAAUAAAUGUUGCACAGAUUUUGAACAAAUGACCACCAAUGGUCGGUAUUUGUAAAGGAAUGUGGUUCUUGUACCUUGUCACUUUGAGAACUUGGGACAAGUGCAACAUAAACGACAAUGUAAUUCCAUCAGCAAGUUGCAGAACUUAAUCCAUGUAGUUAAGCUUGGAAAAAACCUAUGAAGGAUUCCUUUGUUGGUUGCCAAACACUGCGUUUCUAGAACAGUAAAUUACGUGUAAUAAAACAUGUUUGCACUGUUUGGUUUAUCUUGGUGAAAUAUAUACAAGUUUCAUCAGUGUAGAGAGUUUGUACUAGAGUGAAAUGAGCAGCGCAGGAAUUGGCUGAAUUUAUGGUGCCCACUCAGUCAUGUCCAAAAACAGUAACGCUUAAUGUCAGUAGUUCAUAACUUCAUCUGUUGGUUUUUGCAUUUUGCAAUGCAAAGUAAUUCACAGGAUGAAAUAAGCCUUUUGCGAGUUAAAUUUGAAUAAUCUGGUACACUGAGUUCUUUAAAUUACAUGAACAUAACAA